GAUCUAUUUAACGUGCACCCGGCCUUUUGCUUGGCAGCCGCUUGUUGCCUGCAUAUAAUUCUGUUCCUUGCUUGCUUCUCCUUUACCCUCCCCUCUCUUCUCCAUCAUCACCUCCACGACGCCUGCCUCCUUCACGCUGCUACAAAACACCACACACCACCACCACUGGUUGCUGGGUGGCUUAGACAAUUCUCUUGCAUAAACUACUUCUUGGAUCCCCCGAGAGAGGAUCUAGAGCGGCGGUGGGAUCUGCGCGCGCGCACCGGCUUCCAUGGGCCUCGACGUCGCGGAAAUCUCUGAAUUGGCGGCGCUCCGCCCGAUCCACACGGCCGUGGGCGGCGCCCGGGCCACGGAAGUGCCGGUGGCGGACGACGGCACCGGCUGCGUCACGCCCAAGGCGAGCGGCGCGCGAUCGGUCGCUCCGGGAGGAGCCGACGAUGCUGCAGCCGACGCCGGCUGCGUCACGCCGAGGGCGAGCGGCUCCAUGGCCAUGCUGCCCAUCGCGCCCCUGCAGCAGGACGACUGCGCCGACGCCGGCUUCGCCACGCCGCUGGUCACGGGCGGGGCAAUUGGGCCGCGAGAUGGCCUCACUGCCGGCGACGAAGGCAGCUUCACCACGCCGACGACGGCCGACAGCUCGCUGCAGCCGGCCACGGUGUGCCCGCCGGCGCCGCGGAAGUCGGCGCCGGUGCCGACGAGGAAGCGGGCGCCGCUGCAGCAGCGGCUCUUCUACCCGGUGCCGAGCGACCUGACCACCGUCUUCCUCGCCGUGCCGCAGUGCCCGCCGCCGCCGGCCAAGAAGAUGCGUGCGCACGCCGUGGAGCCGUCUGCGCCCCUUGGCACGUGAGCGCGAGACACACACACACCCUCUGUUCCGUUCCAGCAGCUCAGCACCCCGCGCAAUUCACAUACACGUGAAGUGCGCCAUCGCCGCGACCGCGAGCGGAAGAAUGAAUUCUUCAGCACCGGAAGCGAAGUGGACUUCUGUUUUCUCCUCCGCCAUGCAGAAUUACAGAUCGAGCCUGAACGAUCGAGUUGUACAUACACGCCGCCCGCCGGCUUGUGCACGCGUGAUGAUCUAUAUUAAGAUGGCGCCAAUUAUCAAGCAGCUGAUCGCGUCGUGGAAUCGUAGAGAGACGCAUGGUAGCUCGGGAAUAAUUUGACUCUGCAUGCCAAUUGCUCUGUGUUUCCGCCUCCGUCCUCUCCUUUCGCUGGGAAUUGUGUAAACUCUACUGUAAUCUUUUGUAAACUCUUCUAUUUUGUCUUCUGUACUUGCUUUUGCUGUUACAUAUUUAUUGCUGGGGAUGAAUCAACUUCGGCAAUUCCCUGCCCCGCUCUCGAUC